AUGCUACAGGUGCCCCCUCUGGGCUUCACCUCCUUGCGCCUCUUCGGCUGCCCCCUAGCGGGCAGCUCGCUAGGGGGCAGCUCGCUAGGGGGCAGCCCGCUAGGGGGCAGCCCGCUAGGGGGCAGCUCGCUAGGGGGCAGCUCGCUAGGGGGCAGCCCCCUAGGGGGCAGCUCGCUAGGGGGCAGCCCGCUAGGGGGCAGCCCGCUAGGGGGCAGCCCGCUAGGGGGCAGCUCGCUAGGGGGCAGCUCGCUAGGGGGCAGCCCCCUAGGGGGCAGCUCGCUAGGGGGCAGCCCGCUAGGGGGCAGCCCGCUAGGGGGCAGCCCGCUAGGGGGCAGCUCGCUAGGGGGCAGCUCGCUAGGGGGCAGCCCCCUAGGGGGCAGCUCGCUAGGGGGCAGCCCGCUAGGGGGCAGCCCGCUAGGGGGCAGCUCGCUAGGGGGCAGCUCGCUAGGGGGCAGCCCGCUAGGGGGCAGCCCGCUAGGGGCAGCUCGCUAG